AUGGCCUCGGAGAACGCAACCAACAGCCCCGCUCCUCAUGUUACAACCGCUCCCGUUCUCGAAUAUAUCUGUCUUUUCACCAAAGACCUAAAAAAGAAGCAAAAGAAGUGGCAAGAUGGCCGGCUCAAACUUCACACAUACAACAACAAGGUCAUGGUCUACGACGAGCGGGGUUACAACGUCGGGUACAUGCAUUGGCGACAUGAUUAUGACCUGGCCGAUGGAGAGGAAUUGGAGCUGGAGUCUGGAGGAACAAUAGUUCAGGUGUGCGAGUGCGUUGGGACUCAAGAACAGGAUAUCUCCGGGCUGGUAGACAAGCGGCUGCAAGAGAAGGAACAACGGGCCAUCAAAGUGGCGUCGAGGCUGCAGCAGAGCUCAUCUCUUGGUGGCUCGCGACCGGUAGUUAGACAACCACCCAGCGACCAUUUUCAACUAAGGCAAGUCCCGCUCAACCAGCUACUUGGCACCCCAACUGGCCAUCAUGGUCGAGCUCUGGCCCCGUCAGAAUCGCCUUUUGAACAGCGCCACCGAGCAUCCAACGAUGAAACCCCGAGACCAGCCAAGAGACCUAGACGUGAGCCGUCGCCGCCGGCCAAGUCUGGCUAUGCUCAGAAUCUUUUCGGCACCAAACUGCACCUUUCUUCCCAACCAUCGUCAUCAUUCAGGCAGAGGACGCCACGCCCAACCGCUCCGGCAGCCUCGAAUGCAACGCGGAAACCAACACAGGUUGAACAGCCUACCGAGAAACCAGAACCAGCUACUCGGAAAGAACCCAAGUCACACGCGGUGGUUGAUCUGGUUGAUGAUGGUAGUGAUGAUGAAACUGAAGGGAAGGCUAGCGGUAUCGAUGUUGAGGUGUCUGAAACGGCUACCAGUGCAAAUAUGCAACCUCACCAACUGAGAAAAGCAGAGAAGGCGACGAAGAAGCGCAUGGCUCCUGUGCAGACCUCAGAUAUCGAAGCCACGCCACAUUCCCGGUCUCUGAAUCAGCCAGUGUCCAAGAAACCACGACUAAGAGAGCCAAGGCCACCGAGCUCUCCAGAGAUUGUCGAGUUAGAUUCCCCUCCAGCUGCAGUACCGAAGCCGCCAAAACCAUCGUGGCGGUCACCAAAGGCGGCCAUGCCGAAAACGCGCUGCCCGCCCUCUGAGCCAGAACCUGUUCCAGAACCGGAAACACACCCUCCAGAAUCACUGGAGGAUGAUUGGACAGAGCAGUCAAGGCAAACGACAGCUCUACGGAUCAAGUCACGGAAAAAGCGCGGCUUGAUGAUACUAUCGUCAAACAAUGCUGAGGCCGCGUCAGCUCCCCAAACUCGUGAGGACAGAAAACGCAGCAAAGAGACUGUCAUAAAUCCGCAAGACACAUAUGCUGGAUCACCUGGGGAGCCUGACAGAGAUGUUGCGACAACCAAAACUAGGAAACAGCGCGGAAAGAAGCCGACAGAACAGCAGGCAAGGCUACCUUCUUUAUCUCCUGCCUUGACAGACGGAUCUCGAGUUGUUUCACCGGUGGAACAAACUUGCCUUGACCCAUCACAAAACCAAACCAAACAACGAGGUAAAGUGAGGUCGCAAGCGGACGAAGGAGCAGUGAAUAGCGCAUCGGAGACCAACAGUGUGUCCGAGACUCGCAUUGAGCCUAUUCAAUCUGCCGUCAAAUUACCAAUCGAAAAAGGUGGCAGAAAAGCAAGAACAAGACAAAAAUUGCUUGCCGAGGAAGACUCGGAUUCAAAUGCUGUUUUUGAAAGUCACUCAAAAGGAGUACAAGAUCCAAAGAGCAGGGAUGUCCAUCCAGACGUGGCCGGCCUGCUGUUUGAUGACGAUAGCGACGCCUCAAACGAUUGGGUUCCUCCCCCUCCAACAUGUCAAAACUUGGCGAAGAUCUCCAAGGGUAAAAAGAAGCAAGACACUACAAAGGCAAUCAAAGCCUCAGGCCGUGUCAGAGAAGUUUCCGAGCCUCCAACAGGUCAAAUGCGGUUAGAAAAACUCGGCCGAAAAAGUGUCAAAAGCAGAGAGAUCAUAGGCUGGGUGUUUGAUCAACCGCCUGCCGUUUCUUUCGGGCCGAGACCUGCCCUGCCGCCUAUAGCAUCGCAGCCCUCGCGCAGCCCUUCCCCGAACCCUUUGUCAGAUGUGGUCAUGGAAAACCUAGAUGCUCCCCCUAGGUCACAUCCAGAUAUUGCCAACGAUGUGCCAACAUCGUCCGAACUCGCUCAGUUGAUCGAGACACCAUCUGCCAUCUCUAAAGCAGUACCAGAUCAGAUCAUCGGAAAACUGACAGCAGAUACUCGUCCGGAAACGGUCCCAGAGGUCACAGCGAAAACGACCGCCCUUCCAGGUCAGGAGACAACUUUGGGUGCUGUUGCUAAGAAUGUGGCACCGGUAUCUGCCCCGAAAGCUAUCACCGAGGCUGCCACAAAGACGACUCCUGACCUUGCUCCAGUCAUCAACACGCGGCCACGAAUCGCCAAUCCCGCCACAAGAGGUCGCAAGGCAGCAGUCAGGUCGGAUGCUCAAGGCAAGGUUCCCCAGCACAUCCUGCCGACAGACUCAAACUUGCUACCCCGCAAAGAGGUUUUGCAAGCUCUUGCAACCAUGAUGGCGGCGUCGACCAACGAAGCCGCGGCGCUGUUGCCAUCGCAGAUGGAGCCGCCGCCAGCACAACCAGAAAGGCCAAAGAUCAAAAUGAAGCUGCCUGGGUUUGCACCAGCUGGUGCGUCAGUCGGGGAUGUUUCUGGGCCGUGGACCCGAGAAGCGUACGAUCUGCUUGGGAUGGGAAGGCCUUCACGAUGA